AUGAAGGCUUUUGGGAAGACUUCGGCUUUGGGGUUACUGAUCUCCAUCACUAUUCUGGUGCCUGAUUCAAGUUGUUCAAGUAAGGGAAAGGUGCAGGAGCCAGGGGGUUAUCAGCCGCCUGAGCCAUGGGAUUAUCAGGUGCAGGAGCCAUUGGAUGAUCAGCUGCAGGUGCCACUGGAUGAUCAGCUGCAGGAACCACUUUUCUCAUAUGUUAAUAUUACGAUAUCUGUGCAGAUGGGUACAAAGACUCUGCUGCUCUGCCCUCCUGUUCCACCAACAAAAGCAGUAGUAAUAACAUGGGUAAUAACCCUUAGAGGCCAGCCUCCCUGUAAAAUAUCCUACAGAGUAGAAACCAAGGAGACCAGUGAAACCAACUGUACAGACAGGAGAAUCACCUGGGCCUCCACACCUGACCAGAGUCCUGAUCUGCAGAUCAGUGCAGUGGCCCUCGAUCAUGAUGGGUAUUACUCAUGUGUUAUAGCAACACCUAAUGGGAAUUUCCAAAAGAGACAUAACAUCCAAGUUCUACUCCCUCCUGCAGUAACCCUGUUUCCAGGAGAGAAUAGAACUGCAGUUUGUGAGGCAACUGCAGGCAAGCCGCCUGCUCAGAUCUCCUGGACUCCAGAAGGGUACUGCAAAACAAAGAAUGAAUCACACAGCAAUGGCACCGUGACUGUCAGGAGCACAUGCCAGUGGGAUCAUAAGAAAGUGCAUGCUGUGCUCUGCUCUGUCACCCAUUCGACUGGCAACAGGAUUCUAUCCAUACAACUGAACCAAGGUGUCACCAGCCCUCUGCAUUCCUUGCUGACCAUUCUCUAUGUGAAACUUUCCCUUUUGGGGAUCAUUUUGCUCAUUAUGGGAUUUGCUUUCUUCCAGAAGAGAAAUUACUUCAGUCAUUUGGGAACAGAAGACAGUUUUCAAGAUCGCCAGCGAUGUUCCGCAGAUCCAGCUAAUCUUGAUGAAUUUGUAAAGUUCUCUGAACAGAAUGUCCAAAUCUUCUGA